AUGAGCGCCGAGCGAGCCCAAAAAGCUUCUUUAGCUGUCCACUUCGACGCGGAUAGGCAUGCUAAUGAAAUCGCCCAAACCACCGACACCACAAUACCCAGAGAACACGAGAGAGUGGCAAGGUGCUUCAACAUCUAGAAAUCUCUGUGCCUGGACCUGACGAAGCGCCAUCUAUCUACAUCUACAUAAAAGAAUGCACGACAUAAAUAAGGUUCUCAGCCGCGCGCGCGCGCGGGGCGAUCUUCCCCCCCCCCCCCGGUCCGGGAGGUGCGGGCGGAGCUCGCAACGACCUUCAUUUACGCAGGGAGGUGGGCGCGGAGCGCCCCCCGAGCCCUAGUCAUAUUUAAGUGCGAGUCAUCAAUCCCUCGCAGUGCUCCAUGGCUGGGCUUGGAGUCAAAGGUGUUGGAAUCAACGAUGAUUCCGAAAAUGAUCAACAAAAGAAGAGAAACGGCUGGACCAGGAGUCGAACCUGGGUCGCUUCCAUUAAUCGGAAAAGCUUUGACUUCUAAGCUAUCCGGCCCCUGA